CCAGUGUUUUUUUCCCGGGCCUGCGAUUGCAUCUUUUCCCUUUCUUACUUUUUCCUCUCAGGAAAUCCAAACUACAACCAGACAACGAAGUCGCACUACAAACAGCUUUCAAGAAAGUAUUCCAGUUAGAUCACACUAAAACUUCGUCGAGAACCAUGCCUUCGGCCGUCGCUGAGCUGUAAAUACCCACUACGGGACAUGUCUGGCGUUCCUGGUCAUGUCCCGUAGUCCAGCAGUUCACCGAGAUAUUCAAUCGCAAUUCGACAACUCGACGAAGUUAUACAGGCUUUCACUGUCUUGUGUGCCCUUUUUUCAGCCAAAGGGUUACCUCCCGGAAGUCUGAAUAUUAAACAGAAUUACUGCAUUAUUGUGCGCAUUUCGCCCAUCCAUUGCCGGCAUAUACGACUUCGGCUUAGUGACGACGAUAUACUCUUCCCUCAACCCCUUUACCUCUUUCUCCUCCUAACAAUCGCCCAUUACUUCGUUCCGUAUACCCUUGUAAACUCAGGCAUAACCUUGAAAAAGGGUGCUGUCGAGAAACCACAGGGUUUUUAUACUACCACGAGAGUGGACACUAUCUGCACUAUCUGCACUAUUCGAGUAACUAUCACUUAAGGCUUCACCGCCGUUUGUCUCGAUUUUCUCAACCUCGAAUCCGGGGGUGGAACCAUUACCCCUGUAUUUCUCGCAUAUCCUCUAUAAUUAGCAUACGGUACAAUACAAUGUCCCGCAACGUACGGCAACAACGGCCACCGACUACUCCCGUCAAGGUCUCCAGGCGUCGUGCCUCGGACGCUUCGUCGUCACUCGACCUCUCUGACGAGGGUGGUUAUUCUGGAGUAGAAGACAUCAGUGAUUCUGACGACGACGACGAGGAUGGAAUAAACGCGGUCGAGGAGGAGCAUAUUCUCUCGCAUGAACUGCACAAACCCAUUCGCAGCUCGCGCUCCCCUCGGCCGCAUGAUGACGAGGACGAACAGGAUGAACAAGACGACGACGACGACGAUGAGGGUGGGGAUGAGUACGAGGGUGACGAUGACGAUGCGGACGACAAUGCCAGUUGGGGUGGCAUCUCCUCUGAAGCAGACGCUGACGAUGACCUCACAAUUGAUCAGGGAUAUACCAGCACAGAACGGCGUGUCCGCUUUGAUAUCCCUGAAGAUUCGUCGGACGAUGACUCGACAGAAACUGACGACGAUGUAGACCAUGGUUUUUUCCCUGAUCUCUUCGUUGACAAGAGCAUUCUCGACCCAUCUUUUCGUCGAGAAAUUGAGCACGAUGCUGAUCCUUACGACUCGUCCAACUCGGAAGCAUUCUGGGAUAAUUAUUCUACCGCUGCCGGCGACUGGUUGGGCUUUGACGACGAGCCAGCCUCUGAUUUUGAGGCUUUAAUCAAAUCCCUAGACGAUCAAGAUAGUACGCCAGUUCCUACACCUGCGACAACCCAGGAUCUAUCAACUGCCGCCAACACCCCCAUGGACCUGUCCGAGAACGACGAUAUUUCCCUUGACGGAUAUCAAACUGAUGGGGAUACUACCGAUGAGGAAGACCCGCCUGAGAAACCCGUCCGACGUAAGACUCGGCGGGAGACUGUAGACGACGACUCUGAUUCGGAUGUUAUUACGCUCGUUCGGCCACGCCGCGGGCAACCACGCGUUGGUCGGUUCAACCUGGACAAAUCUAGCAAGAAGCCCAUUGCGAUAUUAAACCCGAGAACCGGCAAGAUGAUGAUCUUCACUCAUCAAACCAUGAGAGGGAGAGGUUUUGAUCUCUCUCCAGAGCAGUUCAACUUCCACUAUUUUGAUCAAACCCAGUCUUCUCCUAUGCUCAGCAACCCGGGUAGCAUCAUGAUGAGCGGUAUGAUCUCCUCUAGCACUUAUGGGGACUUUAUGAAUACACACGCCGUCGGCCCUGAAGAAGCUUGGUACUCCCAGAUGUCUGAUGGGAAUGCAGUUGAGACGUCUGAUUCGGACGACCAAGUCGUCGAUGAAGCAGAGAAGAAUCUCAAGUUGGAAGACUUCAUCACAUUGGAUAAUGACGAUGAUGAUGACGAGGGCGAUGAAUCGUCUGAAGAAGAGAAGACCCACGAGCAUGACGGGGCGGAUGAUCAAAUAUUCCGCACGCCUGGUCGUACACCCGGCCGCCCCGGUACUGCGUCCAGCGAUGUGACAUCUCUCCUUGACCACUUCCAACAUAAUAGCAACAUUGUUGGUGCGUUUCGCCGAGACCAAGCGAAUCAUCAGUUAAUUAGCCGUAGUAAGGCUACCCGAGAAUCUCUCGCCUUCUCUGGUCCCUAUUUUGAAGGCACUCUUCGUGGCAUCAAGGAUGGGCGCAUCGCUACUACCAACGUUCCCAUCUCUCCCAUGCGUAAGCAGAAGAAGAUGUCUGAGCUCGCCAGCAGCCCUCUCUCGACCGUGACACAGAAGAGGAAAGCAUCGUCGGAGCACCAUCUAGGCCAUAAACGGCAGAGGAGCAUUCCCGACGUAAAUCUCAGGAUCUAGUCUUUGACACGUCAUACUCUCGCCCGACGCUUUUUUUUCUUUGUUAUCACAAUACGCCGAUGGACGGUGUGGCCUAUUCCCAUAGGUCAUUCCCUGGCCAUUGAUCACCUAUCCGCAAGACGAAUCUAAUACAGAUCGAUCAUGGGGUGAUUUUUAUUUUCUUUACCUCCAGCACCUGUACCUACAACCCCUGUCAGACGGUUCUGAUUUAGCAUCUAAUGAAUGCUAGCCAUGGCUGGCGAUACAAUACUCUUACCCAUGGCCAUUCCAAUCAAGAGAUUUGGUGACAGUCCCGCGAAAUUAUCAUGCAUGCUUGUCGAUUAUUUCCUUAUAUCUCUUGUUCGUUCUGGAGGUUGAAGACCUCACAAUCUAGCCUGAAAAGCUCUGGUGCUUAUUUAGACGGCCAUAGACAAAAGCAGAACCUGGCGUUAAUAGUACUGUGUAAGGACGAUAAUGAUGCGGAUAUAUUUGCGAAGACAAGUCGUGUUGUUUGACUCCAUGCUGAAAAGUAUGAAGCUCGCACGUAGUCUUACCCCUGAAGAGGCAAUGUCGUUGGCAACCUCUUACGAGAUGUUAUUUCAUAGAGAAGUCAAUCUAAAAUUAGUUUC